UAAUAAAGAAACAGAUUAAGCAAAUUCACAAAUAUUUUCAGUUGAAUAGUUUUUUAUCCAACGUAUAAAGAUGUUACUAAAAUUUCUAUUUUUAACAGUUUUAACUGCUUUAGUUUUCGGAGAAAAGGUUAGAUAUGACAAUUAUACGUUGUUUAAAGUGCAUCCAGAAAGUGAAGAGCAUGUAUUAUUUUUGAAUGACUUGUAUGAGUUGAAUAAUGGGUUAGAUUUUUGGGUGCCACCUAGUGAAGUGGGAAAUUAUGUGAGCGUCGUCGUGCCUCCAGAAAUGAAGAAGGAUUUUAAACAUUCCCUCAGGAAAAGAAGCAUCUAUUCGCAGCUCAUGAUGGAUAACUUGCAGGAAGCAUUCGACGCACAGCUCAUGAGCAGGAAGAAGCGUUCAGCAUCUCAUGAAAUGUUUUGGACUAACUACCAACCACUGGACGACAUUAUUGACUGGUUUAAAUAUUUAGCUAGACGGCACAGUGACAUUGUUAGUAUUAUUACUGUUGGGCAGUCGUACGAAGGUCGAAACAUAACUGGUAUAAAAAUAUCGAGACGUCCAGGGAGACUGUCCUUCGUGCUAGACGGCGGUCAGAUCGGGGCUGAUUGGCUCUCUCCUACUAUUUUGACCUACUUUGUUGACCAGUUGAUUAAGGGAGAGAAUCCCGAAGCCCUGGCGGCUUCAAGGAAUUUCGAUUGGCAUAUUUUCCCUAUUUUAAAUCCUGAUGGACAUGAAUUCACGCAGGCAUCAGUAAGACUUUGGACCAAAAAUAGAAGACCGAUCACAUCAUCUGCUAUCGGCGUAGACUUGACAAAGAACUGGAACUCCCAAUGGGGAAUAAUCGGUGGUAGCUUUGACCCUGCGGCUAACAACUACAUUGGCCAAGGACCUUUUUCUGAAGAAGAGACCAGGUCUUUUUCUCGAUACGUUGAAGAAAUUGGUUCUAACCUUGCCGGCUACCUGUCUUUUAGAUCUUUUGGGCAAAGACUGCUGAUUCCCUUCGCGCAUUCUACUACUCCUAUGUACAACUACAAUGAAAUGCUUUUAAUCGGCAGAAGAGCCAUGGGCUCAUUAUCCGCAGCGUACGGCACCCAGUACCAGGUCGGAACAUCCAGGCUUAUUUCUACCGGUGCAACAGGAUCAUCCGAUGAUUACGUGAAGCAUCGCAUUAACCCUCCCAUUGCUGGCACGUUCCUGCUCAGAGAUCAGGGUGUUUGGGGCUAUACGUUACCAGUGAACCAAGUCCUGCCAUCCUGCGAAGAAACUUUCGACGGGCUGCUGGCCAUCAUCAGAGAAGCAAGAUUCAUUAAUGUUCUUUAAAGUGUCGCUUAUGAAAAAAUGGAGAGAAGUAGUAUACCUCAUAAGGGUGUUUGAGAUGGUAAAACAAUAUUAUCGUUUGUUGGUAAGGAAAAUGAUAUUGAAAGCAUUAUUUUUGUAAGCAAUAAUAAAAUUGUAAGUCAUCAAUAAAAACCUAUCAUUGACAAGAAA